GCAAGUUUUUGUUUGAAUAUCGCUUGUAAUAGGCCGCAAAAGCAAGUAGAGGACCGAAGCGCUCACACAGCAGCCGCAACUGAACGCCUGUUGCUGCUGCCGCACGCGCCAGUGCAGCACAACUUGCCUGCAGCAACCUUGCCUGCAGCCCAGCAGCGCGCAGCAGCGCCGCGCACGCCGCCGAUGCGCCUGCUCCUGCUCCUCGCGGCCGCAGCAGCCAAAACGAAGUACGACGUCGUCGACCGCGACGACGCGACGACCUUCGGCAUUUUGAUCGACGCCGGCUCGACCGGCAGCCGCGUCCACAUCUACCAGUGGGAGAAGCGCGAUUUCAACACGUUGCCGCCGCCCCUCUCCCUACCUCUCACCUCAGAACGGUGGACGGAGCGCAUCAAGCCCGGCCUGUCGGAUUAUAAUGAUGACGCCGAGCGAGCCGCGCGGACGCUGGUACCGCUCAUCGAGACGGCGAAGCGGACGCUGGGCAACUACAAGCAUGCGUGGUCGCCGUCCGUGUGGAAAUCAACCAGUGUGCCCAUUUCUCGAUGAUUCAGCAUGAACGCGCCGUAGAAUUUUGAUUUCCACACAGGUCGUCGUAUCCCAUCUACGUCAAAGCGACGGCCGGGAUGCGCGAACUCCCGGAGAAGAAGCGCGACGCGACGAUCGACGCGGUCCGAAGACUACUCAAAGAUAAUAAUACGUGCCCCUUCGACUUCGCGAACAAGGAGCAGGCGCGCGUCAUCGCGGGCGAGGAGGAGGCGGCCUACGCCUGGGUUGCUGUUAAUUUCGUUGAUGGGGCGUUACUCGAAGCUACUGAUUCGCCCUUCGGCACCGCCACACCGUCAAGGGCCAGAGGUAGUAUGGAGAUGGGCGGGUCUUCCGCCCAGAUAAGCUUCUACAAGCCGGAGCAGGACAUCCUGGCUGGUUUGUUCAAGCUCCAAUUGGGAGGAAGAAGCCACAUCAACAUCUACGCCCACUCGUUCCUCCAUUAUGGUAGAGUAUCAUCUAGAAGAGCAUACUGGGAGUACCUCGCCAAAAAAGCGGGCUGCUGGACGUACGAUGGGGAAGAUCCCCAGGCGGCGGUGCCUUGUGUGAUUGAAGACCACUGUUUGGUCGGCGCCGAGCCUCGAGUGCACUUGGACCAAUUGGAGAGCGUGACGGGGCAGUUCGGCCUGACGCCGCCGCUGCAUUUUGGGCCGGUCAACGCCAACGUCACGAUAAAAGGUACUGGAAUACGUACCAGAGAUAGGUACGCGCGGUGCAAGGACGACGUGCGAGCGGCUCUCUUCGACGUCAGAUUCAACCAGUGGUGCGAGUACAGCCACCACGGCCAGUGCGCCUUCGCCGGCGUGUACCAGCCCUCAUUACCUACCGGUACUGAUUUUGGGAACUUUGUUUUGCUCGGGAAUUACGUCGAUCUCUUUAACAUGCUCGGGCUGCCGGAGACGACGAACGUCCACGACAUGGGCGACGCGGCUCUGAAGGUAUGUGGCGAUACCGACGUGCCCUUCCCGGCCAAGGACCACCACACCCUAUCGCAGAACGAGCUCUGCUUCGUGGCCGCGUACGCCUACGAGACGUUCGUGAGCGGGCACGGGUUUGAUGCUAGAGUGAAUUUUACCACUGUCACGGAGACGACGUACAACGGCGCGACCGUCAGUGUGGGCUGGCAGCUCGGCGCGAUGCUCUACGAGAUCAACGCGCUGCCCUGGUCCUUCGACGCGGGGCCGAACUGCUCCGUCGACGCGGGUGCAACGCACGGCCUGUUCCUUUAUACGCAAUCAUCUCUCGGUGGCGGGUCGGUCUGGUACGCGUUUCUCGGUGUGUUGGUCGUGGUGCUGGGACUGGCGGGGGCGUUCCGGCGGCGGAAGGAGGGGCUGCCUAAUUAACUUUAGUAGUGUG